CUGCUUAGUAGCGGGCCGCAAAAGAAAGUGAAUGAAAAUUCAACUUACACAACACAACCCCUCCCCCGAAAGCCUUUCUUCUCCCCGAGGUCUUCUUCCCUUACCUCUUUCCCACUCCACGAGGUGAGCGUGGUCCAUUCGUAAAUUUUUGGACGUAAAAGAAGCCCGUAGUCCGUGGACCAUUCAAGCCAUCACCCAUCACCAGCCAUCACGUCACACUGACGUUUUUUUUUUUUUUUGUUGGUGUCCUGAACCGAAGAAAGCAUCCGUGCGUGAGAAUGGUGGUGAGAGCUUGCUUGCCCAUGAAGCAUGGACGAAAAAGUUUUGUUUGUACAUGCGCACAGCUCGGGACAGUAUCUCGUUUUGCCGAACGCCAGUGAGAUACGAUAGGUGAGUUCCCUUUCCCUGAGAGAUCCCUCGGCAAGGAUAUAUGGGUAGUACAGGGAUUCGCUGCAAGCAAUUCGGUGAGUUGUGCUCGGGAGUUCACCGUGGCAGGAUCGACAUCGGACACAGACAACAAGCCACGCACACAAACUAACACACACAUACACACAUAAACAUACAUCAGAAAACAAAACCAGAUCCGAGCCUAGCAGUCAAGAAGGGUUUUUUUUUUUGUUCGGGGAAAGAUACCACAGUGUGUGAAGUAAAGCGCGAAGACUCACAGCCAAGAGCUGUGAAGCCAGUGGUGAAGCAUCUUCCAUCAGCGCGUUCUGCGCUACCUUGCUCGGCAAGUUGGCAAUUUGGCAAACCAAUCGAUCGAACCGAGUGGCCAGGUAACAACUGUGCUUCCCACACGACGCACAGCCGAAUUCUUAAUCGAUACACGGUGCAAAAAGAAAGUCGCCUCGAUCUUGGUGGUGAGGAAGAGUUUCCGAAAAGUGGGCCACACAACGCAAAGAACAUGCCCGGCGUCGUACGUCCGUACUUCAUCUCCGAGACACAGAGAUCUUGAGUGAACUAGAGUGAGGGUGGAGGAUAGCAACAAAGAUGUAAUGAGAGUGAGGUCUCGAAGUCCACCAACAGCGUUGCGCGUGUUGAGGGCACCGCAAGGUCCCGGUCGGGUUGUCGCCACCCGUCAGUGUUGUGUGUUGUUUUAGUGUUGUUUACGCGUCCGUCGGAAGCUGAGUGCGAAGUAGUGAAGCAAGUACAGAACAGAUUCGCGCUGUUACGUGAGCACUCGGUCUAAAUUUCGUGCCCAGCAUCUACAGCAACGUCUAGGAAAGGGUAGCAAAAUCUCCGAACAAAAGUCCAGAUCGGUAUAGCGGAUUAAGUCAACCCAGGGUUGCGGCAUGUUUAUGGACCACUUGUUACCACUGUCCUGAUUCAAUCGUAUCGCAAAUCGCUGCUUCUUCUCCGAAGAGGGUUGCUGUCGUGCAAAAACAGAUAAAAGGUCCUCCGGCACCGCCAUUUGUUGCGUAGAAAACGGUGAGCAUACCGAACGAGCAAAAGGCAACAAUAUCUCGCUAGAUUCGGGGAGUCUGUGCCGUUGUUGUUUCCCGUUUUCACUGUGAUAACAAUAUUGAAUCUAAUGGUCGGCUACCAGAAUCGGGGAGAAAUAGAAAAUUGAAAACAAGAAGAGGGAAAAGUGAUAAACGCUAGUGACAUGGUGAGAGGAAUAAAUACGAGUAAAACCGUGUGUUUGUUUUCGAGCCGAUACGUGCGUCACGAUCAGUAAGGAAAAAAAGAAAACGCGGGAAAAACACAAGGAAAUCACACCGAAAAACAAAGCAAUUGAAAUCGGAAUCAAAGCCACGAACUUGACACACUAAAAGCAACACCAUCGGAAAACAGAGCAGCAAAAGCGACGACACACACACACACACACACAGGGAUCAUUAGUGUCCGAUCCCCUAAGAAAAGUGAGUGAUAAAAAUAAACAUUACACUCGACCGCUUUAUGACAACAACGACAACAUUGCGACAAACAGCGUCGUCAACUACCGUGCGCCUCCAUCGGCCGUGAUUUAACGUGCCCCGAACCUGAUCCCAAGCUCCCGCCCCGAAGUACGAAUGAUAUUUGAGAAAUAAAUACGGUGUCGCAUUUUAUUACACUGGUUGUGCUGUGCGAGUGUGUAAUUGUGUGUGUUUUUUUGCGGAAGGAAAAGUUUGUAUUUAUACUGAGGUUCACUUGCUUGUUGUGUCGACCCGUGCGUGUGUGUGUGUGUGCAUACGGUAUCAAGUGAUUUCGAGCCAGCUGGUGACUCUGCCGGAUCCGCAAACCCAGCGUAUCUCCGUAACAGACACCAAAAUUGCACGCAAACUCAUCAUGGCCUUACAGAAGAAGUUCUCCAGCAACGAUAUGGAGCUGAUAUCGAUCAACAAAGUUAAUAAUAAUGGUGGCAGUGGCAGCGGCCCACCGAGUGCAACCACCGACCCGAAUGGAAAUGGGCUGGCAAGCAUUAUGAGUGUCGGUGGUUGUGGUGGCAGUGGCAGUAACAACAACAGUGUGAAAAUGCCAUCGAAAAAGAUUCAGUUCAGUAAUCCCGAGUUUAGCAUUACGCCGAUCGAAACGCUGCCCGGCAGUACGGUACGGCCGGCACCGAGCCGGCGAAGGGAGGAAGCGAUCGUGAUGGCGAACCUCCGGAAGCGUGUGGCAGCUUGCGAUCUGAACAAAAACGUACGCAAACAGGCGGGAACCAGUGCCGGUGGAAACUUGGACGACAUCAGCAUCAACGACACGGGACAAACGCAGGAUGCGCUGGACAAUCGUCCCCUGCUGCCCAAAUCCACCCCAACCGAACAGCGCAAGGAACGAUCGGGUGGAAAGGCGAACGGAUCGGAACCGGUAGCUAGUGGCAGCGGUAGUGGUGGUGGUGGUGGUGAAGAUUCGCCCAAGGUGAAGAUCGUUAUGGAUAAGGAAUUUAUCUUCGAGUGUCUCUGCUGGCACAAUGAGUAUCGGAUGAGGCACGGUGCACCGGCACUGAGCGUUUCAUCGGAGCUGUGUGAGUACGCGAAACAGUGGGCGAAUCAUCUGGCCAGUACGAACGAGCUGUACUAUCAGAUCGGGACGAACUACGGGCAGAACAUUUUCUGCUGUCCGGCGAAUAGUUUGCUGACGGAUCUUUCUGGACAAGAGGUAGCCACGUACUGGUACAGCACCAGCCGCCGGUACGACUACUUCAAGGAGCCGCACCUACUCCACACCAACGUCAACACCGGCCACUUCUCGCAGAUGGUGUGGCGCGCGAGCCGCUACUUCGGCGUCAGCAAAUCCAUCUCCAAAACGGGCAAACUGUUCGUGGUCGCGUACUACUAUCCGGCCGGCAACGUGAUGGGUGAGUUCCGGCAGAACGUACUGCCACCGAUCGUAACGAACGAUCAGGAGGGUGGUGGGCAGCAGCCGGCGCACCACCUCUCCCGACCACCGUCCUCCAAGGAUCUGGAGAAUCUGAGCGCUUCCCACUGAGUAAAUAAGAAACGGUGUUCCAUUAUGUAACAGAUAACGCACUUCCUGAGCAAAGCGCUAGCCGAGUGGAUGAAGUCGGUCACGGUGUGGCGGGGCGGCGGUGCCGGUGGAUAGCGUACCACCGUCCGCCGGUCCCGUACCGCGUGCCAGCGCCGGCUCUAGAAACACGAUGCGCUACCGAAGCUCUUCUUGCAGCAAACUGUGACAGGCAGCAGUGACCUCGCUUUCAACUACAGCGCAGCAAUUUUCCUCCAAACAUUUUAAAUGUGCAUUUUCUGAUCGCUGUGAUCUGCCGGCUUUUUUCUUCAGCAAUCCACUUCCACAUACAACAGCCGAGUCUUCCGUGAUUGGUACGUGCGUAUCAACUUCCAGGCAACUGUUGGCAUGAAGUGAACGAAUGAACAACACCUUUCCCGGCGAACAAGGUACAAUCAAUUUUUUGUAGAGAAAUUUUCUAAAAAGCCAGCUACUUCCAACGAAUUUGAAGUACAAGAGCUAUCUUCCAAUAACGCCGUUUCUAAGCUCCAAAGCCGAACACAAGAAGCAGACAAGAAGCGUCAUCGAGCUAACAUGGCUAUAAUUCAAACUUGAACGCUCGAAAAGCUCUUGCCAUUAGGGGCCGUUACAUCGAGCUGAUGGAUGUGUACGACAAAUCCAUGAUCCCCCCAGUUUUUAAACCACUCUGUCAUCGGUCAUUAACCGCCAGGGGAGUUCCCGGGAAGGAAUUACAAAUUUUGUGGAGAUUUAUUUUCCAAGAAACGAUAACACGAUGGCGCAGCAUGCCACUAGCUAGCUAGCGUAGCAUGAAAACAUUCAAAUAGAGCAUUCCCGGCGUGGGUAGAACAACGGUGAAAAGCGAAAAGAAGAAGAAGAAAGCACUAGUUCCAUUACCUAGAGCAGGAUGCUUCCAAAAGUCGGUGGCCAGGUGCUUCCGAGCGAAAGCUCCACAGGGCGAACGAUCAUCACCUGCCGAGAUUCCGAGGCAGCACCAGCUGCUGAGAAGAAUGAAUGCGCGUCAAUGUCUAGCUUAUGCGAGAUAACAGAAAAGCGACAAAAAUCUUACCAUAAAACUAACAAAAUGGAAGAGAAAAUGGACCACCGCGAUGGCCGUGGUCGCCUUUUGAAGUUCUUAGAGUUUGCCUGCUAAACGCUUACCAUAAACUGUGGGCUUUUUUAAACUGUGUGUGUGCAUUAGAUAUUACGAGAAAGCAAUUGGACACCGUUUUGAAAAUCGAAUCGAAAAACCUCCUCUCCUCCCCUCCUCAGACAAAACAACCCCCCCGUUACCGCCCCAAGUUCUCCCUCCUUCCGAAAGAGUGUAAAGCCUAAGGGGGCUUAGCUAAGGGAAAAUGGAUAAGCCGGCCGGCAGCUAUACGUGAAUACGUGUGUGUGUGAAGAAGUGUGCUUCAGAUCAGAUUGUUAAUAUAUUUGUAGGAAAGAGUGAGAUAGAGCAAGCGAAAAAGAGUGAACAGGGCGUGUGCGUAGAGUGGUAGUGGUUACUUUAAGGUUGUUAGAAUUAAUCACAAAAAUCCCUGGGCGGAAAAUUCACAUUGCAUCGCGGGCGAUAUUUAUAGCAAUCUCGUCGAGUGCGAAAAGCGCCCAAAAUCAACGAACAUAAUGAUCGUAAUGCUAAGAUUUAUUACCGACAGGCCCCCCGUGAUCGUGAUCGUUACACCGUGAUAAGAUGAUGAUGGGUCGCUCUCAUUAAGGUCGCUACAGAACGGGAAGAACUCAUACUGUUUGUGAGCAGGUCGGUGAAAAAUUGGAAGUAAGGGCCAAUCUGUGUACGUCAUCGUCUCGCUGUCGACUGUCGCCCUUUUGUUUAUGAGCAUCUACUUCUGCUGUUUGUUUUUCUAUUUUCUUAAUCAAUUCCACCUCCAGUACGAUAUCCGGCGCCUGUUUGUGCCCGGAGUCACGAGGAACGACAGCGGAAAAAAGCUUUCCAGACAGGGUUUUGCUCUCUCUCUCACUCGAAAUCAAGGUGUCAUUAAUUAUUCUUAUAAUUAACAUAAAUUCAUUAAAAAGCACCGGCAGCAAACGAAACGUGUACCAGGACGCACAGUUCAGCAUCGUGCAGCAAUCAGGUUCGGGUCAACACGGUACGGUCGCAUUUUCCUCACAAAAGACCCUUUUUUCGUAACCGGCACCGGACCGCCGGCAGGAGUCCACCGACCCCAGCAACAAUUCGGGAACUUUUCGAAGGUAAUUAAUAUUUUCCCACUACGCCUUUCGCAUGAACAAUUCGCGCUUUUCACGCGGCGUUGCUCUGAGGACAAACUCAAGUGGUGGAAAAAUUCGUCCACCACACCCCGGUGUUCGGAAUGUCUUGGCAAGCGCGCAGUGCUUGCGUUCCUUGGGAAAAACAGGCGAACCACAUGUGCUUGCCAGGUGAUGCAACAAACACGAGUGAAACCACAUUCGCGACAUGGCGUGAUAAUUGGUCCUUUUCCUACCAGCUGACAAUCUUUCCACUGACGAAGCAAUACCUUGCGUAGCGGUUCAUCGUGGUGACGUGCUUUAUCUUUCGUCACUUUUGCCACUGAUAAAUGAACUGAACGACACACGCACAAAAUCACACACUGUCGUCACCGGUGUGAAUCACUUUCGAACACUUCUUAACAUCCUUCCCUGGUUUACUUGUGCCUGGUUUACUUCACUGGCAAACACGUGGCCAAGUUUAUAAUAAUUAACGCAACUUUGCAGCAUAAUGAGACUGCAAAAUGUAUUACACGGCGCGUGCUAUUUGUUUGCUGUGGCUGUGUUCUGUCAGCGCGGUGAUUGAUGAUAUUUGUGCGCGGGCAGCACGAUAGCGGGAAAAGCUGAUAACGGAGUUAUGCGCUAAUAAAUUAAAUCACAGCCACAGAGUGUGCAACUUAUUGAAAUGAAAUUAACGUGCAAAAUGGAAGGAAAACGGAUCAGUGGAAUUAGAAUUGAACAAGGGCUUGGAGAUGCUGGAAAUCCCCUUGUACCAAUGGUUUUGUCAACUCUCAAAAAAUGUCAAAAUUUAGUUUUCUAGUCAGAUAUUACAUAGGAGUAAGAAUUUUUACCCUAACUUUUGUCAAUAUCAUCCCUCCAACAUUUUUUGUUGUUGCUAAACCUAUUUACCUAUUUGAGCCUGAAGGUAUCUACUACUACACUUACUUAAUUUAAUGUUAUAUUAAACUUUACCUACAUUUUCUUCUAAAUUUAUUAUUUAUUUCUAAAAAUAUUUAUUAUUUCUGUAGAUUCUAUGGUAGUUUCUAUUACUCUUAUCAAUAUUUUUUUCUAACAAUUCUGUACCCAUGCUCAGUCAUAGCUUUCCUCAUUAAACAUGGUUUUCUUAAUUUGUCAUCUUAAUGUGUCUCAGUGUGUUCCUUGUUAGCUACUAUUAUAUUAAUUUGGAACAAGGUCAACCUGACAUAAUUAAAUACAAAAAUACGAUUUAUUAUGAAUUUACUUAAAAGUUCAUCCAUAUUAUAUUAGAAAUGGUAUAGCUUGAGCAUUUGAAUAUUCUUUACUUCAAUUUGUCUACCAUACGUCUUAAUUAAUUGAUGAUCAACUGGUUGUAACUUUUAUUUCACUGUCCUGUGGCCGACCCGGAAGCAGCGCCGGUCUGCCGACUCGGCAGAACCGGGGUUCAAAUCCCAUCCAGACCGCCUCCCCGUACGUAAGGCUGACUAAUUUACUGCGGGUAAAAUCAAGUCACAGAAAGCCAGAAAUGGCAGAGCUUUUUUUAAAUGUACUUUUGAUUUUGUUUUUCUCUAUUGUACAAGCUAACUAAUCUUUACACGCCACAUUGCAAUAGUACAAAUAUUUUUCAAGGGAGAACCCAUUAGAAUACUUUCUCAUGAAGAGCGACAAACAUUACCUAUAUCGCGCCUAGAGGUAUGCAAUCUAAACCUUUCCCUCCUUUAAGUAUAAGUUCUUACACGUUAAUCUUAAUUCAAAUCAAAUCUAACAUCAAAAAUUUUAUAAUUCAAGGGCAAACACCGAUGGGAUUUAAACUUUAUUUAACACUAAUUAUAAUAUAUUCAAAAUCCAAUCGACGACACCCAGCGUUUCCAAUUUCCUAUAGCCAACCAAUAGGGCGCCAUAGCUUCAUUAAAAUUCACUCAGCCCGAGAUUGAAACUCAACUCCGAACAAAUUGCAAAAAGAAACAGACACACCGAGCCCCAUCCACCCCUAUCGAUGCUUAUCAACUGGCCGCAACUAAGAAUGGGUACAUUUAAAUUUAUUUUGCUCACGUUUGAAAUAAAACCCACCCCGAAGAAGUUCCAGUCCCGCUCAACCGGUACAUACGGUUCGGUUUUCACCGAAUGCGGAAAUGCGGACAAAUCCGAUUCCGAGCUUAGACCUAGAUUCUCGGGAAAACUCCAGUACGAUUUCAAAAGCUCGUGCCUGUGCUGAUGGUGUGUUCGAUUUUCCACACCAAUGCAGGUGCUGCAAACGCGUGCACGCUGACCCUGGUGAUGGAUAGGGAUGCGAGAAGGAAAUUGAUUUUGCAUCAGCCUCGUGGCGCUUUUUUUGUUUCGCUUCGUUGCUCCGAGUGCAGAAGGAAUGUGCAGUCGGUGCGGUUUCUAGGCUGGCGUGAGCCCGAGGUGGUAAAAGCCUUUCGCUAAACAAGCGCCGUUCCUUGCCAGCUGCUGGGAGCCAGCACCGUACCGAACGAUAUGACUGCACUUUAUCAUCCGUCCGUCGGUUUAGCGCACACUGGAUCAUUGAGCUCAAACGAUUGGAGGGGGGGGGGGGGGGGGGUUAUAAGGUGUACCUUUGCAUUUUAUUUCAAUCCAGCUGCACGUGCAGCAAAUGCGAGCUCAACGAUUCCCGAAGCAUAAAAGGCGCACAAUAAACUUUAACGCUACCUCCAACGGGAGAUCACCCUUCAUUCUGUGCUGCUGCAUGCUCACACAUGCAUAAAGCUCACGAACACGUUGCAGACGAACACGCAAGUGACAAUGGGUUUUCGGUUCGACGACAAUUGCAAGCAAGGUCCCGGCGGGCAAAUGAAGGCUACCACCGUCACUCACCCAUCGUUCCCGGGCUUAGUUGUGCAUUUUAUCGUGUGCGACGGGAAUCCGUUAAUUUUUUUUUGUCCCCCUUCAUUCAUUCGUCUAUUGUGUGUGUGUGUGUGUUUUCCCAGUGACUGCUACUACACGUCACUGUUGCUCUCCGGGUUUCGCUGGAUUGAAAACGCAACCCAAUUCACCCGAUCGACCGAGGUUUUCCCAGAACAAUUCAAGCGAGAAAAUGGAAAAUGCCGAUUAAUUGCUUUUCUAUGCUGUUGCAAUUGUGUGUGUGUGUGUGUGUGUGUGUGUGUGUGUGUGUGUGUGUAUGACGGUAGGAUGGAGGUGUGGAUAUUGGAAUUUCCCCUCCCAGCACGACUCGUUUAUGUUGCCGUAGCUGUCAAAAGGGGGUGGGGGGGGGCGAAAUUGCCAUCGGGAACCACAGGACACAAGGGUGGGUGACACAAUGACAACGUGUCAGAUAAAUAAUUAGGUUUGUAUAAUUUACAAUAACCAAUCAAGGGUUUUUUUCUAUGUUCGUUUCUACCCCCUUUGGAUGCAGGGUGUGCAAUUAUGCUUUAAUCAAUAAGUAGAAUCGAAUAAACGAAUUACAGGAGUGUAUGGAAGGAUAAUGAGGAAAUUGAAAUUGAAAUUUUAAACUGUUUGUUUUUUGUUCGAUACAGUCAUGUUCAAAUUUGUUUCAUUUCCUCUAAUUUAUUUUUUCUAAUAAACUAUUGCUUCAUUUUUCAUCUUUCAUACACGUUUUAAUAUUUCAUUGAUUUUAUUUUAUACUUCUGUUAGUAGAUUUAAUUUUUCAACUUCUUCUUCUUCUUCCUUGGCACUACAACCUUGAACGGUCUCGGCCUGCAAGGUAGUCAGCCCUGCUUACGGGGAGAAGGUCCAGAUGGGAUUUGAACCCCGAUCCUGCGCCGCUGUUGUCUCUACCCCUGGACCGCCCCUGGUUCUUCAAUUCAGAUAAUAUUAUACCUUUCAAAAAUAAUUUAAAAAUACAAAUCAUUUUAUUAAACGUCUUUGGCUUGCUGUCAUGUAAUUUUCAGGGUUAAGAUAAGGCUUCAUUUCUUACUAAGAUUUUUAUUAUUUUAAAUCCUUCAUACAAGCAACCAUUUUUUUCACUGACAUGAAGCACUUAAAAUAACCUUUCAAAAUAUGUAUUUAUAUUGAAGGUGUGAUCCUAACGACAGUCUCGUAGUCAGCAAUAAAAACCAGAAGAUCUACCUUAACCAGAGUUGCUGAAAUUUGGCUUAACCUUAUUAUUUAUAGCGAAUUUAACAUAUCUUUCUGUGUCAUUCACUGUACCCCAGACCCAUGUUUGUUGUUAUUGUACGAACAACACGAAAACAGAGCAAUUGAUCACGUUCAUACACUAGUAACACAGCACCGGUGUGUGUCGGUUCAGCUGUGCGUAAAGUACAACGCCGCAAUCAUGCUAAAAUAUUGUUUUUUUCCCCACACUCUUAAUACAAUAACCGCUACCGCGGAAUGUUUGUUUUCCCUCGCCUGCAAGUGCACACUUGUUUUGCAACGGCUGUAAGUUAUGGUUUUGUUUGUCGAACCAAUGCAAACUCCAACGGCAAUGUAUGUGCGGGUGUGUAUGGUUUUGCUUUGUUCAUAUCAUCUUAUCUCAAACACACAAACAGUGUACAGUAAAAAUGUUCAUUAUAUUUAUGAAAAUGGGUAAACGAUCAACACACGAUUCGCCCGGUGGUCGGCCAAGGACGGCUAACUUUUCCGACGCACUUACGCGGUACUGGGCGUCUCCAUCGACCUUCACCACAGAGAUUGGGGGAAAUUAUUUCCCUCCAAUUGGUGGUGACCUGUUGGGACAUACAGCGUUCCCAGACCCAUUUGAGCUGGUUCGUAUGGUUGCAGGAAAAACAACAGCCCGGCCAGCUGUUGGAAGCAGCCUUCGAACAAUAAUAAUAAUUUCCAUUUCCACUUUCAUCAACCGACCGCCUUUCAGCAGCACACGUUACGCGUAAUCACAUCCGAGCACGCUUUCCAUUUUGCGUUGCUUGCGUGUAAGUGUGUAUGUGUGUUGGUGGAUUCUGCAGACGAUUGUGCUCUCGAAACGUACCCGAAACAAUCAUCCAAAGAAAAUUAAAUUAAAUACUGCCAAGGAUUCACCCGCCACCCUCCCCGCCCCAUCUCAAUUCGGUACGGGAAACCGAACGAAGAAAGUUAGCCGUUCCGUGUUCGGCUCGGCUUGAACCAUACAGAUCGACUUUGAAGGUUAUUCGUGGUAAAACAUGGCGAUGCUUUCGAUGCUGCCGAGCCGUGGGGGUUUACUCAUCCCAUCCUGCCCACCCGCGGAAGCUCCAACCAAACCGAGGACGAUUUGUGUGUUAAGCAUAACUUUUCGGUUUUUAUAGCGAUUCUGCGGGGCGAUGGGAACAUUCGAACCAAGUGAAGUGAAGCGGGAGGAUUGGAAAUUGCGCACACAACAAUAACAGUUUGCUUUUGCGGUUGAGGCUGGACAAAUUUCCAGUCCAGCUGGUGGUCCCGGUGCAAGGGUGCGAAAAACGGGAAAUUGAUUUGGUAAUUUCAUUAAUCACUCACUUGGGUUAUUACGCACCGUGGUGGCGAUUACGCGUUGUGCGUUGUGGCGCGGUGAAAGUGAAGAAGAAUUGGGUUGGAAAUUGUUGGAAAUUUUCAUGUUCAGCUGUGUAUUUCCUGGAACGGAAAAUUAUGCCCGUGCUUUACUGUUCAUUGUAACGAAUAUUAGCUGCUGCAAAACGAAUCCAUCAUUUGGAGCAUAAACUUCAUGAACUUGCUUAACAUUUUAUUAAUUUUUUAUUAUUAAAGAGCUGGCAAUUGUUGCAAAUUUCACAUAGGAAUAAUAUAUGGAUGGAAACCAUAAAGCUAACCAUAUAGUUAUAAAAAACUUUAUUUAAAUUUUUGAAAAUUAUAAAAUUUAAAUUACUUUAAGUUGUCGCUAUUCCAAGCUAUUAAAUUAUACAACGAAUUAGGUAAAUUAUUUUAAAAAAUCAAUUUUUUUACAAAAAAUUUACAUUUUUGCUACAGUAAAAUUUGAUUUCUAAAUUGUCGUAGGACUGCCUAUCUCGCGACGGGUGUAAUCAAGGCAAGGAAGCCAUAGAUGAAGCCAAAAAUGAAGCCUAAAAUGGCUCUCGAGAAUGAAGUGCCAUAGAAAGGAAAGGAAAUAAAAUCUGCAUUGCACCAAAUACUCAGCAAGGAGUAUAGAAAAGAUCAUCAUGUAGAGCAGCUUUUUCUGAGAACAUGUGUUAAGUAAAAAUUUGCCAAUUUUUUAUUAAGUGGCUUUAAUACUUACUGCUUUUGGACUAUUUAAAUGGGAUGAUAAUUUCAAAACUUUAAACAUCUUGUUACUCACAUGAAAAAUCUCGGUACAUGUGUAAUGAACAUGUAAACAUUUUUAAAGACACAUUUCUUUACCAUUUCUUCCUCACACAGUUCUUGAGGGAAAAAAUUUGAUCCUUCCACGCUAACAAUCUCCUAUCAUAACGCACGAUUGACGGUAAAUCAAUAAAGCAUGUACGAGACACACAUUCAUACACAUGGCCCUCAUAGCCCCAAAAUCACGGUUCACUUCCCGGUAACCGAUACGGGAGCAAUUUUUCACCUCGACACCCGUUGACAGCCCGCUGGGAGUUGGUUCCACGCGUCGUCGUCGUCGUCGUGCACAAAUUGUUACAAAUUACCGUCCCCCGUGGUGACCACCACCGUAAAGGAAAAACAUUAUCCUGUAACAACCCGGGUCAGGCCCAAGUUUCUCCCUCCCACCCAUGGUCCCAAACCGGAUGUGAGCCAAGAACAAACGCCGAAUACAUGAUAAGUUUGCCCACAUCACCAGUUUGUCGUUGUCAAUGAUACGAUCGUUUUGAGGCUUCGGUUGGGGUUCAAAGGCAUGUAUUCUUCUCCCAGUGGGGUUGAAACUUGAGGUAAAAACAAAACUUGCUCCUUACUCACUUUUUUUUUGUCCUAACUUUCCGUGUGAAAAGUGUAAGGAUCCUGGUCAUCACAAGGAAAGCCUCAAUUAUUCAACCAUACACGAAAGAUUUCGUCAUCGUCGAUGGAUGUGAGAGAAAAAAAAGCUGCCUAAAACCCCCACUCACAAAAUCCGAACUCAAGUGGGACAAAGAAAAUGGAAAUAAACGGUGAAAAAACUUGUUGAAUUUUUUAUACUGCUCCCAUGGGGAGAUGCAACGGCUUUUUCCCACAGCUGGAGAACGUGCAGUCAAGAAUAUCGAUGAAACUGAUGAUAACGUGUCGCGCUUUGGCUGCUGGGCGAAGCGAUCACAUCGUUCUCCACACACUAUCCUUACCCUCGAGGGGCACGAGCGAGAAAUGGAAAGUGUUGUAAAAAAUGGAUCACUUUUGAAUUGCGCACCCAUUUCCGACCACACAGCCACGCUACCAGGGGAUGCUGCGAAAGAACGGGAGCGCCACAAACACAUGGCUCCAUCGAACGAACGAGCUGGUGCGAGUAGUUUUCCAUAUCAAUGAGUAUGGGUGCUGAAUUUAUGAUUCUUUUAUUGGAAUUUUACUGGUGAGGAUUGGUUUUCGCGGAAAAAAGAGCUGGGCGACGAAAAAAAGCUAGUCACGAUGGAACCGGAUGGGAAAAAAAGAUUUCCAUACAGAGGAGGAAACCCUUCAAGCUUACAGCAAAACUGUUGCAAGUGGACUUUAAUAUUUAAAGUGUGUUUUUUUACGUUAUUACUUGCAAUAAAAUUUAACUAUCGAUAGCUUUUUGCUUUGAAUAAUAUUUUAGCUAUAAAAGCAUUCAUUAUACUCGGGCUGUACGCAUAUCCCGUUUUUGUUAUACAAGUCCUUUCUCUUUCUAUUUGCACCUUGAUAACUCCUUUAAGUUAGCAAUACGGCCAGGCCGUUCUUUAUGAAUAAAAAAAAAACUCCUUUAAGUUCUUCAGCUUCGACUUGAAAAAGAUGCUCUAAACAUUUUUAAAACCCCGUUUCGAAAGGACAAUCAGGACUGCUCAAAAUAAACCAAAAACGAGAAGAAAAGCUUCCCUCAAGUUUUCCGAUGGUCGACAGCCGACCGACGAGUCUGACACACGAUGCAAAGUAAUCCGAGACAUUCUUAAAGCUUAUGAGCAUUGUACUGCACCCAACCCACUACAAUCGAACCACUUAGAGCUUUCUGUGUGUGUGUGUGUGUGUGUGUGUGUGUGCGUGAGAGUGAGAAGCAAGAGUCCCAAUUUCCAUUUUCUGCCAAAUAAAGAAAACACACAAACUAAAGAUCCUAAAUAUGUCUAACCAAUGCUUAAAAACUGUUGUGCUUCUAUCCGUAGAGCGUAGCGUAUUCCAAUCAUGCAAGUUGUAAAUUAAAACAUAGGAAAACAACAACAUCUUCAAUAUGAUACUAUUAGAUAAAAAAAGAAAAAGAAAAAAUAAGAAAAAAGCCUAAGGUAAGCAGAAAAAUCGAAAACAGGAAAAAAACACGAAACACUGCUUCAUACGAAAAGAGCUGUAAAAUGAUGUAAAUGCAACUCAAUCAAACAACAUAAACGGUAUAACUAAUGAAAAAAAAACCCAUAAGUUAAAUGCACAUUAAGACAAAACCAAACACAUGCAAAACCCUCAUUAUACAUUGCCUUACAAUGCCUAAAAAAAUCAUGCAAUUAAAAGAGACAAAUUCAAAAAUAAGUAAAAAAUGCGAUCACUCGCACGUUCAUGAUGGAAUCUUACACGUAUAAGAUUUUUCCAAGAAUGUGUGUAGCAAACACGGCAAACAGCAAAACAAUGAAAGCGUCUACAACCAAAACUUCAUCGUUGUCGUUAUAAGCUGAAACAAGUUCCGUACCGGGUAGUGUAAACGCAGUAAGUAGCUGUCACAGCUUCCCUGCCGUGAGAAAACAAACAAACAAACACGUGGACGUGAGUUGGGAGAGUUUUUAUGACUAUUAUAAUUACGGUUAUUAGUAGGUUACAACAAACACCGCAAAAUCAAACUCUAUUUGUUAUGCGCCAAUUAGAUUGGCUUGAAACGUACACACAGAAAAAUCACACGCGUUAGUUGUAGUGUAGCGAGUUGUUAAGCAACGUUUUUAUGCAUGUUUUAUAAUGGCAAAUUGUUAAAGCCCGAUUAUAGGAUGUACAUUAUGCUUGCACGUGAUGGUGUCGCGACGGGGGUUUUGCUUUUCCUACACGGAAGGACCUCGCCUCGCUCGUUACCGCUAACAGUGUCGUCAUUUCGAUUCGUAUUGUUACCAAAAGAAAAACCAGAAUUGUGAUAGUUGUAAAUGUGUAAUGUACUAAUGUGCUUUGUUUUGGUUACACUUUCUUUUUUUUAUAUGAUGUUAUAAACGAUAAGAAGCAAAUAUAGUUCAACUAACCAUAUGAUAGAUAUUUGCAUUUGAAUACACACAAACUAAAUCAAAACGCUAAUGAGGGUAGGGGUGUAAUUAGGAAAAAGUUGUAAAUACGACGCAUGCAACGUAUGCAACGAAGGUACUAUUGCAGCUGCUAUAAUUAUAAAAUAUAACACAACAAAAAUGCAAUGUAUACAAUGAAAGUUAAAAAAACGGCACUGUUGUUAUGAUAAUAAAGCUAUAACAAUUACAUUAGAAAAUGGGGCAACUGAAGGAAAAAAGAUAAAAAAGCUAAAGAAAGAUCGCAGAACAGAAAGUAAGCAAACGAGCCGAGAAUACGAAAACGUUUGGAACUGAAAAGAGAACAAAAACAUACAUACUUAUGAAAAGCGACAGAAAAAUAUAACAAAUUAAUACGAAAAGCUAAAGCAACAUAAGAAAAUUAUAAUAUAAGUAAAAAAUGAACAAAAAAAACUAGUAGACUAGAGCAAGCUGAAAAUUACGCUACCAAACAAAAAAUGAGGAAAAAAAACCAAAAACCAUAUGAAAAUGCUAAACAAACAUGAACAUCGUGUUAUAACUAAGCAGUGAAAAUACAAAACAAAAACCCACAUUAGCUCCACAAUCGGCAUAAGAAAAGUGUCCCGAACGAGUGAGAAAUUAACAAGCAAAAAAAAACAACUACAGCAUCGCUGAUAACAGCACAGCACACUGGGUGUGAACCAUUCAAUCGGUCAAAAAAUACGUUAAUAAAUGACAUUAUUUACUUAAA